AUGAGCCUUUUUGGAGCACCGGCAGAAAUCGUUUCGGACAACGGUCCGCAGUACAGCAGCCAACCCUUCAAAGAAAUGUGCAGAAACUGGGGAGUGAAACACACUACCUCUUCUCCAAGAUAUCCCCGCUCAAAUGGACUGGCAGAGCGCACAGUUAGAACAUUGAAAUCUUUGAUCAAGAAAUGCACGCAGACUAGGCAAAGCAUACAAGUUGCCUUAUUACAUCUCCGGGCAACCCCGAUAGGACCCGACCUACCAUCACCUGCAGAAAUGAUGUUUGGUCGACUGGUGAGAACAACGCUUCCAAGUCAUCACUUCGCAAGAAUCCACCAAAGGACAGAAGUGCAUGAUAAGCUUAUAUCAAGACAGCAGGAAAUGAAACAAUACCAUGACAAGCAUGCUGGAGCUGAACUAAAACCACUUCACACAGGACAAAAGGUGCGAGUCAGAUGCCCUGAUGACAACAUGUGGGUCCCUGCAGAAAUAACAAACGUUUGCAAAGAACCAAGGUCAUACGUGGUUACUACACACAAUGGAUCAUCGUGGAGGAGGAACAGAUCCGAAAUCAGAGACGUACCCGAAUCUGAUAUCACAACCAACACCAGGAAUACACCACCAGUAACCGACAACCUAACUGACACAAGAGACAUACCACCAGAACCAAACAAUACAACAUCACAAUAUGAAGACGAUGAUACGACACCAGUACGCCGACACGUACACUUUGCUGAAAAUCCAACACAGCUACAACCACCCAAACCAAAAAAUAAUAACCAAAACAACCCAGCCUAUCCCAACACGAGAAGCACAAGAUCGACGUAUAACACAAUUACCAGAUCCGGUCGAAUAAGCCGCCGACCAACACGCUUCGGAGACAAAUAA